CUCCCCGGCGCGGGGCAAUUUAGAGCCGCACGCCGGGCGGGAAUGCAAGAUGGCGGAGUAGCAACGCGAAGCGGUCAGCACCGAGUCUCUUGGCCGACUUCGGGUCCCGUCUCGGCAGCCGCAGUGAUCGCUGAGCGGAGAGUGCCUAGGGUAGUGAGCCAAGAUGCCGAAUAUUAAAAUCUUCAGCGGCAGCUCCCACCAGGACUUAUCCCAGAAAAUUGCUGACCGCCUGGGCCUGGAGCUAGGCAAGGUGGUGACUAAGAAAUUCAGCAAUCAAGAGACCUGUGUGGAGAUUGGAGAAAGCGUACGUGGAGAGGAUGUCUACAUUGUUCAGAGUGGUUGUGGCGAAAUCAAUGACAAUCUAAUGGAGCUUUUGAUCAUGAUUAAUGCCUGCAAGAUUGCCUCAGCCAGCCGGGUUACUGCAGUCAUCCCAUGCUUCCCUUAUGCCCGACAGGAUAAGAAGGAUAAGAGCCGGGCUCCAAUCUCAGCCAAGCUGGUGGCAAAUAUGCUCUCUGUAGCAGGUGCGGAUCAUAUUAUCACCAUGGACCUGCAUGCUUCUCAGAUUCAGGGCUUUUUUGAUAUCCCAGUGGACAAUUUGUAUGCAGAGCCAGCUGUGCUGAAGUGGAUAAGGGAGAACAUCUCUGAGUGGAGGAACUGUACGAUUGUCUCACCUGAUGCUGGUGGAGCGAAGAGAGUGACCUCCAUUGCGGACCGGUUGAACGUGGACUUCGCUCUGAUUCACAAAGAGCGGAAGAAGGCCAACGAAGUAGACCGCAUGGUGCUGGUGGGAGACGUGAAGGACCGGGUGGCCAUCCUGGUGGACGACAUGGCUGACACGUGUGGCACAAUCUGCCAUGCGGCCGACAAACUUCUCUCAGCUGGAGCCACCAGAGUUUAUGCAAUCUUGACUCAUGGAAUCUUUUCUGGCCCGGCCAUUUCCCGCAUUAACAACGCAUGCUUUGAAGCAGUAGUAGUCACCAAUACCAUACCUCAGGAGGAUAAGAUGAAGCAUUGCUCCAAAAUACAGGUGAUCGACAUCUCCAUGAUCCUGGCAGAAGCCAUCAGGAGGACUCACAACGGGGAGUCAGUUUCCUACCUGUUCAGCCACGUCCCUUUAUAAUAGAGUAACUGCUGAGGCUUUUUACGAAGAAAGUGAACCCCGCCCCCUUGUUUUCCCUUGGUGUUUGAUGACAAAUUGCGCAGAAGGCCCAGCUUGUCUCUGGCGAAGCUUUCUCCACCCCUCAUCGGGUAUAUUAGCAUUUCUCCUAAAUGUAGAGAAAGACGGAUUGAGAUGAACUGCUGAGCUGCGCACAGCAAGAGUUCAGGCUUUGGAGGGUGUUGUGUCGGGGUGUGAAUGUGUGGGGGGGGGCGGGGGGGGGAAGCGCAGACUACUUUGCAUGUGAAUACUUCAGGGUUUCCUUGGUUCAGAACUACUGGCCACAAAGCCGCCCCAGUUCCCCCACCCCCACCCCCAACCUGUGACAGGCUCUCAAAAGUCUCUGCGAAAUGACAGCAAGAACCCUAGGCCACCCCAGCCCAGCUCGGGCCGCGGAGUCCUGUAAAGCUGCAGCUCUCUGGAGGGGGUGGGGGUACCCGGGAUGGGGGCGGGGAGGCAGCACACAGGGCAGUGAAUGCUUCUUGGGAGGAAAAAGCCUGAUCCUUCACCCCCUGCUUGGGGAUUGUGUCACUGGGAUUCUCCUUUGUACCCGUUCCUUUCCAUUUGGCUUGACCUUCAGCCAUCUUGCCCUUCCCCUGGCCAGAUGUCCUCUGGGGUGCAAGUGUUCCUCGUACCAGUCUUCUGGAAAGCAAAGUCGCUUCCUGCUACGUCAUCUCUUAACACUGACACAGGAUUAUUUUUGCCGUAGCGUAAUCUUCCUUAGCCCGCUACCGCUGUGGUAGUAGGUGUUAGGUGGGGUCGUAGUGCCUUUUGAUUAAUUUAAAUAUUUCAUCUUCCUUCCAUCUCUUUGGCCUCUCCAGUGACCUGCAAUUUCUGUUAAAAAGACUGAUGUUGCUGUCUCUCAUAGAGGAAACUAAUAAAGUGUCUGUGUGUGA